UCUAAUGAGGAAUCAGAGGCUGACCCCGUUGGCUAUCAUCCUGAAUUUGCUCAUCAGUUUUUUGGUGACAAGGAAACCAUCUAUGGGUAUGAGAAUUUCCGGCUUAUCUUGCACUAUACGGAUGCCACCAUGUUCCUUUAUCCGGAGUUUUCUUUUUCAGCAGCCGUAUCAAGUGUCGAGAAAGACAUGAAGGAAGAUGAUAUCAUGGGGAAGUUGAAAAGCCAGCUACCUUGUGACCAAAUGAACAUGAUGGUGGAGUCAAGAGAAGAAUUCAAAAUUUUGCUUUUGAAGCAAAAAAAGUUUAAACCUUUCGGAGAAUUAGUCAUCAAAUUCACUAAAAACGACAAGUGUUUCGAGCUCUACAAAGUCUCGGGAUGCUCUACUGAAUUCAACGCUUUUCUUGAAAGAGUACAAUCUCUUGCAUUGUGGUAUAUUGAUGCUGCUCAGUAUACGGAUAAUUAUGACCCUCGAUGGCUGCACUACCUCUUGUUCGAAUCUCGAGGUCACGAAUCGGGAGAUGGGUCCCGUGCCUAUUCCUUUGCUGGCUAUGCUUCCUUGUAUAGGUUUUACGCUUAUCCUGAUAGAAUACGGCCACGUAUCGCUCAAAUCAUGCUUCUUCCACAAUACAGAAAAAACGGUAUAGGUGCCAAGCUGUUAGAUGCUAUUUGCAAGGACUUGUGCUCUAUGACUGAGGUAUUAGAUAUAACAGCUGAGGAUCCUGCCGACAACUUUAUAUAUCUGCGAGAUUAUGUAGAUUGCUUAAAUUGCUCUAAACUCCCUGAGUUCUCACCAGAGAAACUUAAGGGAGGUUUUUCAAUGGAGAUGAGAAAGACCGCUUUAGAGAAGCUGAGGAUUACAAAGCGUCAAUGUCGCCGUGUAUACGAAAUUUUACGUCUAAAAUGCACCAACAUGAAGGAUCCUGAUGAAGCAAAAGCAUAUAGGCUGGAUGUUAAACGAAGGCUAGAAGUACCUAUGAAGAGAAACGAACGAGAUUGGAAAAAGAUCCAACGGGCGCUCAAUGAUAGCGAGUAUGCUAAGGUGACAAAUCGUUGCAGCUAA